AUGGUCUUCCCCGCGACGGGUCCAGUACCCGACAUACCCAACAAAGACAUCUGCUCAUGGAUUUUCGACGAGCCGAAGUAUGAUGUUCACAAGCCAAUCUUCAUCGAUGCAACAAACACCAGCCGCUCAGUAUCGCACGUCCGGGCGCGCAAGCUCAUCCGCCAAUUGAUCGCGGGAUUGCACAAGGCUGGCGUCAGACGAGGCGAUUGCGUGCUCAUCCACUCAUUCAACGACAUCUACUACCCGCUGCUCUUCCUCGCCAUCACCGGUGCAGGGGCAGUCUUCGCGGGCUCGAAUCCCGGCUACACGCCCCUCGAACUGAAACACCACGUCAAGAUCACCAACGCGCGAUUCCUCAUCAGCGAACCCGAACUCCUUGAACCGCUCCUCGAAGCCGCAAAGGAGACAGGGAUCCCACGCACCAACAUCCGCAUCUUCAACAGUCAAGCCCAUCAACCCGUCCCGGACGGCUUUCUGAGCUGGACCGAGCUUCUUGGGCAUGGCGAAGAAGACUGGGUCCGGUUCGACUCGCUCGCGACCAGUACGACCACGCCAGCCGCGUAUUUCACGAGUUCCGGCACGACGGGCCUGCCCAAGGCGACCAUCUCCUCGCACCGCAACCUGAUCGCCCAGCACGAACUCGUCUACUCGCCUACGGUGUACAAGCGGCCCUACGAAGUGAUCAACAUCUACCCAUUGCCGAUGUUCCACGCAGCCAUCGCGCCACGGUGCCACACAUCGACGCUCAAGCUCGGCGAGACCAGCUACGUGAUGCGCCGGUUCGAGCUGGAAGCCUACCUCGCCAAUAUCGAAAAAUUCAGAGUCACAGAGAUGUACGUCGUGUCGGCCAUGGCCGUGGCGAUCGCCAUGUCGCCCUUGCUGAAAAAGUACUCGCUGGAGUCCAUCCGGGCGGGCCUCGCGGGCGCGGCGCCGCUCAGCAAGGAGACCCAAGCGGCCAUCAGACCGUACCUGCACCCCUCCGCGCCUUUCGUGCAAGCCAUGGGCAUGACCGAAGUGUCGUGCAUCCUGACAAUGUUCCCCUGGCCCGAGGACGACACCACGGGGGCCGUCGGCCGCCCGAUCCCGGGCGUGGACAUCAAGCUCGUGGACGACGACGGGAAAGACAUCACCGCGUACGACGUGCCGGGAGAGAUGUGCGCGCGCGGACCCACGGUCAUCAGCGGCUACCUCAACAAUCCGCAGGCCAACGCCGAGGCCUUUGAUGCCCAGGGAUUCUACCACACGGGGGACAUCAUGUACCGCGACGGCCGCUCCAAGCUGUGGUACGUCGUCGACCGGAAGAAGGAGCUCAUCAAGGUGCGCGGCUUCCAGGUCGCCCCGCCGGAGAUCGAGGCCGUGCUGCUCACGCAUCCAAGCAUCGUCGAUGCUGCUGUCAUUGGCGUCGCCGCGGCGAGUGCGCUGGAUGGCGAGGCGCCGCGGGCGUACGUCGUGCGCAGGCCGGGCGUUUCGCCCGCAGAGUUGACCGAGCGCGAUGUCUACGAUUGGGUCGCCGGGAAGUUGGCCAAGUAUAAACGCUUGGACGGCGGCGUCCUGUUCCGCGACGUGAUUCCGAAGAAUGCAAGUGGCAAGAUCUUGAAGCGGAUUUUGAGGGAUGAGGCUAAGGGGGAGAGGGAGAAAGAAGGCGCCAAGUUGUAG